AGCUUCUCUAUUCAAUAAUUUCCUCCAAUAUUAUGCGCAUGAAAACGGUGCUCACGUGUCGACCUGUUGACAACAGAUCGACGGGAAGAAAACAAGGUUAUUUAGAGGUCUGUGAGAUGUCACAAAGUAUUGUUCAUUUUUACGUCUAGAUUUUUCCGAGCUUUAUUAUCCAAUAGUGCGUACACAAGUGGCCCAUUAUCCUCGUUCCUGCCUCUCUCACAUAGGCACUACACAGAUUUGACCUUAUAUAUGACAGCCACUUCGAAACCAACUGCUAACGGACAAGUUUUGCUUAACCACAGUGUAGGUGAAGAUCGUGGGUACGGUGUUGUGUGCUGUUCACACUUGUUGAUAAGGCCGUGUUAUCGCAUGCACUUUCUCUCUGCCAUUGCGCGUGUGCAAGACGAGUGAAGACUGCCUGCACAAAAAGCGCUACAAUUGAGCUCCACAACGUGCUCAUCGGGUGCAAAGGUCACAAUCCGAAUAGACGUCAUUUAAUUGAGUUGACCCAGCUCAUUAGCAGGACGUAAUGCGUGGAGCUUACUUUCUAAGCACACAUCUCUUACAUACUCGCUGCCAGAAAGAAGUCGGCUUCUUCAUCUCUCCACAUAUUCAGGAAGGGAUGCGGAUCGAUGUGUUGGGCUUUGUUGUUCACUGCACAAAUACUUUUGUAAAAUCUUAACUCAUCAGUCUUCCAUAGGAAUUACACAUGCAGUUGUUGUGAGGUUGAUUUAUUCAAACAGACUGUAUAUAUAUAUUCUGCCCGAGUAUCGCUGUUUUAUCCUCAUCGCUCUGUGGCGAAGUAUGACCAGAGAUCAAAUGCAGAGAGACCCAUCCAACACCUUCAUAGCAGGAUCUUUCUCAGACGCACGCAGUUAUGCCCUGAUGUCUACCUCUGUUAACGACGACGAUGCCUCCAAAGCUGGGCAUCCUAAGUCUGACAAAGCAGUUGUACCCCAGGAUCGUUCCGUCGUCAUCGAAGCUGCCGUUUCCACGGUAAACAGCAUUGCAGAAGAACUGCAGCAUGUUAGUAGGAUGUCCAACUCAGACUCUAUAACAAAGAGUUACAACAGCAGAGACAGUUACGGUUCAGUUGUUGAUAUCAGAGACUUCAGUGAGGACAGCAUCAAUUUCACAACAAGUACUUUACGAAAAUGCAAGCACCAGGUUUUGAAACCAUACUGGGGUCUUCUUAUUUUUAUUGGAUGGAGAGUGUUCAGACAUGAUGUGGCCAGUGCAAGGCACCUUGGGAUUCACAUAUUCAAUUUUCUUUAUCCAUGUCUGCUGAUCUUGCUCCUCUUAUAUACCUAUAUGUAUGAAGUUGUUGCCUGUGAAUGGAAACUGAAUAUUACAAAGGACACCAAGAUCCUGACCACUCUUCGCCCUGUCUCCACUACAACAAAAAAUGCAACGAACAUUACAACUUUCGCUACACCCUUUCUGACUAUUGUUCCAGCAAAGGUUCCUACACAUAUUAUAAAUCAUUCACCACAGCCCUGUGAACACAUUAUCACAACAUAUCUUAUACCUAAUAUUCUCCAUUUUAUUGCCUAUGCACUGGGGUUUUACUUUUUCCGGAUUCAGGACAAUGAACAGCUGUAUGCCAUGAUGGAAAAAGUAUUCUUACAGGCAGACCACAUGCAAGGGGGAUCAAGCUCUCAGCAGAGACUUGUAGUGAAGACUAAGAGGUUUCUUGUGUGUGGCUCAGUGUGGGUAUCCAUGACUCUUGGCCUGCAAGUCCUAUAUGUGUGGGCUUUUGAUUUCCCACAGUUGGCAAUAUUCGAAGCUUAUGGACCUGUGUUCAAUUGGACAACAUUUGCAAUAGAGCUUGUGGGCCGUGUGAUUUUAAACUCAGUGAUACUUGCUGUUGUGAUGAACUAUUCCAUGCAGUGCGAAAUGGUUAUGUUUUACCUCAGAGGCUUGACUUUGAGACUUCAGGAAAAGUCCACCGACAUUAAAACAGCCAUGAAGGACAUUCUCCUUUUAAGACAAAGUCUGGGACUUUUAAAUGGCACUAUUUCUAAAAUGACUUCUCUUGUACUGGUUAUCCUGGCAGAGUUGACAGUUAUAGGUUUCAGUAUUCUUGCUGUUAAUGCCUAUGACAUCCCAAAAGUAUGGACGUACCGAAGUGUUUUUCCUGUUGUGUGGGCACUGAUGCUUGGUUUUCCACUUUUUCAGGCUGCCCGUGUCAAUUCAGUCUGUUUACGGCUGAGAAAAAUUUCUUUGGAAAUGCGAGUGUUUGGUUAUAAAAACAGUUCACUGCUUGAACUUGAUUCAUUUCUGCAGUUUGUUCACUGCACAAAAUUGAAGGCAAAGCUGUUCCAUAUUCCUAUUCUGCCAUCAUACAUCAUAUCUUUUUGCAUCCUUACCUCUUUCAUCUUCCUCAUUUUAUUUCAGACCAACAGCAUUGGACCAAAGAAUUAUUUUGUUUGACACUUGUUACUCAAACUCUUUAUAGUUCUUAUAUUAAUCCCACGACUGUUUGCUAUAGUCAGAUAGGAGUCAUCUGAGAGUGUUAUGUUUUGUGAAAGUUGAUCAGCAUGUUUUACGCAUCUCUCUUAUCUCAGCAUUGCUACUGAGUAGCACUGAACGUUCAGUAUCAUUGUCUGUGAUAUAGAAAAUCUGCAUACUUUCUGAAAAGUGAAAUCCCAUAGACAGUUUUAAUGGCAGCAAUGUUGCAAUCAUGAUUGAAUUAAUAUCAUAAUAGGAUAAUAUUAGGGCUUGUAUAACACAUCACACAAAUAUUAAUUGCACUAAAUUUUACAUCUAACAUUUAAAAUUUUUAUGCAUUUUAAGGUAGUUCUCCAUAUAUCUGCAAAACAGUGAUCAUGAGAACAACACCAUAUCCAACGAGUUAAAAAUGCAAAAACCGCAAAUUUAUGUUGAUCAUAGUGAACUUGUAAUUUUCACAUAUCACAUAUAUUACAGAUUAAGUCCUAGAACAAUUAUACACCCUUAUCAUUGCAGAUCAAUCUAUCAAAUAAAUCCUGAAAUAAAGCUACCAACAGACCAGAAAGUAGUUUUAUAUUAAAUUAAAAUUAAAUUUGGAUAUAGCACAAUGGUUUGCACACAUUGGAAUAUUGUCAAUAUUUUAAAUGUCAUUAACUUCAUUUUAAAAAAAUUAGGAAAAGAAUUAAAUAAAGAUUAAAGUAUGAAAAAUACUGAACUAGAAGACCAAUUAAAAGACUACUUUGAUUAAUUUUACAGCACUUAUGUGUGUGUGCAUCUUGGUUUAUAUAAUUAUUAUCAAAAGAAGAGACUGGUAUCUUUAAUGCUUUCACAUGCUGUGAUACAGAAAGUGGGAGAGAGAGUGUGUACAUGCAUAUAUAUGGCUGCAAUAGCACUUGGAUAUACAGUGUAUAUAUAUAUAAUGUAAUCAUGUCAUGUGCAUUGGUUUUCAAAUACAUGUGUUCUAAACUUACAGUUUUCAUCAACCUUAAAGAGAUUUUAUUGCAUCUUUAGUGCAAAGUAUUAUAUCUGGUGACAUUUUGCUACUUAUUAUAUAUAGAUAUAGACACACACAUAUUUCUCAUCUUCAGAUUACUAGCUAGGUACUGAGAUAAACUUUAUAUAAGUAUUACAAAAAUAAUGAAUUUGUGUCUGAAUCAGUAUAGAUCAUCAUUUAGACAAUGAAAAGAACUGUGGAAAAUAUUAUUUUAUGCAUCAUAUAAGCAUUACAACUAUAUUUUU